UUACCAAAGUCUGAGAAAUCUAAAGAGAGUGAUAGAGAAGGAAAGAAAGAUGAAGAGAUCCAUGUCUGAUUCUAAAGAAAGCAGUCGAUAUGGUCGAUGUGACGACGACGACAACAGCUACGACUCCGACGGUCCUCACAAGAAGCCUAAAACAGAGGACGAUGCUGUUUCCUCGACCAAGACGAGCCCUUUUCGAGAAAGAGAUUUGUGGGUGUUGACUAGUUUUAUUGGAAAAGGCUCAUAUGGCUCUGUUCACUUAGCCGUGAGAACGACCGAGGGAGAAGAAGAAUCACUUCCUGAAGAGAUGGCAAUCAAAACGACUGAGUUCUCACAGGCUUCACGGCUCAAGAACGAGGCUGAGUUCUUAAACCGUCUUGAAGAUAACCCAUACAUUGUCUCCUACUAUGGCAACGUGACCACACAUGACAAGAAAACCAAGAAGAUGGUGUACAACACCAUUCUCGAGUACUGUCACGGUCAAUGCCUCGCGAAACACAUCAAACUCCACAAAGGAAUAGGGUUGGCGGAAGAUAAUGUGAAGAUAUUCGCUAUGAGUAUCUUGAUUGGUCUCAAGCAUAUCCAUGAAAAGAAGAUAAUCCACUGCGACAUCAAACCGAAGAACAUUUUACUCGCCGCAGGGGAGCAUCAUGGGUUUGUGGCUAAGAUCUCUGGUUUCGGGAAAGCCAUGGAGAAAGGGUCGAGCGAGUACGGUGAUGGAUGGGGUCACGUGAGAGGCACAACACGGUUUAUGUCGCCGGAGCUUAUAGGGGACAAAGUUGUGGACUAUGGUGCGGAUGUUUGGGCCUUUGGGUGCACGGUUCUUGAGAUGUUGACAGGGGAACGUGUUUGGGCAGAGCAUGGUGAGUUGUGUUGUUGGGAAGAAUGGAUUACUCUCAUUGGUGAAAGCGAUUUGGUUCCAUAUGUUCCUGAUUCUUUGUCUGACGAAGCAAAGGACUUUCUGUCAAAGUGUUUUAAGAAAGAUCCUUCCCGAAGGUGGACUGUUGACAGCUUGAUGAACCAUCCUUUUGUUAGGUGGAAUAACGAAUACCCUGAAGAGGAGGAGGAAGAAGAAGAAGAAGAAAUAUUUGAAGAAGAAGAGGAAGAAGAAAACGAAAUAUUUGAAGAAGAAGAAGAAGAAGAAGAAGCGAUUGAAAUAGAAGAAGAAUACCCUAAAGAGGAGUCGGAAGAAGAAGAACAAAAAUAG